CGGCAGUGAGGGCUUGAUCAAUUGAACUCUGCUUCUCCCGCUCUCAAGAAGCAGAAGAACCCUAAAGGUUUAGGGGAGAAGCUGAUUUUGUGUGAAGAUGGAAGACCAGGGCCAGUUUAAAGCCAUUGAGGAUAAGGGACAGCGUCUUGUAUUUACUGACCAUGCACGUAAACGCCUCUACUCUUUGGACCUUGUUCAGUUCCUCAACCAGAAUCUUGCACUUUUGAGGAAUAAUAAUGUUGAUGGUUUGGAUUUAGUAGCAAAACCCACUGAGCUCGACUUUGUUCGUCGCAAUAUUGGAAGUGGUUGGGUUCCCGUUGUCCUUUCCUGCAAUAGCUUCUUGAUGUGCAGGUCAGAUUCUGGGUUCCAUUUGAUAAACCCUGUUACCAAGGAAUGGAAGAAAGUACCAAAGACACCACUAACAAAGAAGCCUUUUUCUUGGGAGCUAUAUGGGUUUGGAUUUGAUGACUCCACUAAUCAAUACAAGGUGGUUGAAGGGAAGGGCUGCACUGAUGGAUUUGUGUUUAGUGUCUAUGCAUCUUUGACUGAUUCUUGGCGAAAGAUUGACUGCCUAUAUCCCUACAAACAGACUCGUGUUUGUAGGAAGGAUGGGAUGGUGCUGAAUGGGGGUGUUCAUUGGUUGGUCAAGCGAGAUGAAUCCUUGGUGAUUAUAUCUUUCCUUUUAGCAGAGGAGGAGGUUAAAGAAAUCCAAGUACCACCUAAUUGCUGCACCGGUGUAGUAGAACUGGGCAUCUUCAGAGAUCGGCUAUGUAUAACAUUAUUCUCAUUUUCAAUAAGUGAAACAUAUAAUGAGUUUUGGGUCAUGAAGGAAUAUGGAGUGAGGGGCUCUUGGACUAAAAUGGAGAUUGGCAUCCCAUAUCACCGGUUACUGCAUUCUGGUUUUUGGACAGAAACUUAUGACUUGAUGCUGGUUGAUGCAACAAUGUUAGCUAUGUGCAAUUUUAAUGAUAAAAGUUUUUGGAUUUUAUCGAUUCGUCAUGGAUUUGGCCAAGUUGGUGGUUUUGGUAGCAUGAGUGUCUAUGUGGAGAGCCGUAAGCCUCUUAUUGAUCAAGAACAACAGGAGAAAAGUAAGCCUCUUAUUGAUCAAGAACAACUGGAGAAUAGUAAAGAUGAUGGACAUCCUUGAAUAUUACUGCUGCUUCCA